UAAAAAAGACACGCUGCAGACUCAGGACAGUUGGGACAUGGGUACGGCGGAUCGCUCUCCUCUAGUAAGGCGUGGUCAAUAAAUCUUUUACCCAGCAUACUGCAGACAAUUGGUUCCAAAGUUCAAGGGUAAAAUAUACCGGAGCACAGCGCGCGGUGGAGAACCAGAGGAGUCAAAGGAAGGUUUCAGGUUGAUUCAUUUUGGAAAAUUAUAAAGAAAUCAGCCACUGGUGUCAACAGGAGUAAACACAACCAAGACACAAUAUGGCAGAGAGUACAAGUCCAAAAGGCAACUCUGGUGACUUUGCUAAAAAGGUCCAGAGACAGCUAAGCAGAAGCAAGGAAAAGGUUCUGCAAAAGCUGGGGAAGACAGUGGAGAGCAGAGACGACCAAUUUGAACAGUGUCUCCAACAGUUUAAUGACCAGCAGACUGAUGGGAACCGGAUGUACAAGGACCUGAGGAACUACAUCAAUGCAGUUAGAGACAUGCGUGAAGCGUCAAGACGCCUGUCCCAGUCUCUGUUUGAUGCUUAUGAGACCGACUGGGCUGGAGAGGAAGACCUAGGAGCCAUAGUAGAGGGGGAAGACCUCCUGUGGAAUGACUUUGAGGUGAAGCUAUUAGACCAGGCCGUACGCACCAUGGAGUCCUACGUGAGCCAAUUCCCAGACGUCAGGGAGAAAGUAGCCAAGAGGGGGAGAAAACUGGUGGACUACGACUCUUCCCUCCGCCACCUGGAGGCACUGCAGACUGCCAAGAAGAGGGACGAUGUCAAGAUUAACAAGGCAGAAGAAGAGAUGAAAGCUGCCAGAAGUGUCUAUGAAGGCAUCAACACUGAGUUAAAGGAGGAGCUGCCUGUGCUCUUUGAUAGCCGCGUUGGAUGCUUCGUGGCAGUCUUCUCAGGUGUGUCCAAUUUACGGGACAUCUUCUAUAAGGAAAUGAGCACGCUCAACCUCGAUCUGCACAACGUGAUAAAGGAGCUGCAGGCUCAGCAUCCGGACAAAAUGUUGGCCUUGAAGGGGAUGCAAAGAUAUGGGUCCCUGAAGAGACGAAGUCUAAUGUCCCCUAAGGCCUGGAAAACCAGCUUUUCUGACUUUCACAAGAGCUAUAACCCUAAACCGGCCCAGAGGUUUAGUUUCAAGUCCCCGGACAAGCCUCGCCACAGCACUCUGUCCAGAGAGAGCAGCAUCCUCGCAGUCUCCCCGCCGUCACCUCUUCCGGAGACCCCCGAGCCCAGGGACCUGGACACGGGAUCCAGCCACAGCGAGACCCACGGUUCUCCCGCACGAGGAGACGCUGCGGCUGAAAACCAGCUGAAGUCGGGGGAAGACAGCAGUCAGGUGGAAGAGGAGAAAGGCCUGGAUGAAGAAGAGCCUACGCCUCCUGCAGGAUCUGAUAAUAAGGGGGACGGUGAGAAAGCUCCGAAGAGUGACAGCAGCUCUGAACUCAACAACUCCUGUGAUUCACUGAGCUUGGAGCUUCAGCUGUCUGCAGCGGUCGACGGCCCGCUGCACAUCGAGGAGAGAGAAGAAGACACGUUGCUGGUUCGCAACGCUCCGAAACCAAAUGGACUGGAGAAUGGAGACGUUUCUGGGUUAACCUCUGACCCCAAGGACCUGAGCCUUCCUCACAAGAAUGCUCCUGCAGAAAAACAGCCAUCUCCGGACUCAAAAAGCACGGACGUUUAAAAGAAGCACAGAAGAGAUUGAAGGCAACAGCUGCACAAGAGAGAAAAAUGUGGAGACAGCCGCGCUGAUGGGUCCAACUGUGGUGUCAGGAAUGAUUGACUUUGCUGGUGUUAGUUUCCUUAUUUAUCUUUUAUUGAAAUCACUGAAAGUCAUGUUUUUU